CCCGAGUCGGUACCUGUCUAUCAUGUACCUUUGCCCAGCACGCGCCCCACACAUAUUUUUCAACUACCUGGCCUUCUCCCUCUUCAUGCCAUACAGUCUUCGCACUGAGGCUCAUCUCUAUCUGCGGAGUGUCCAUUAGCGGUCUAUUACGAUGGCAGCAAGUCGUGCACCGACUCCUCCACCCCCUUGCGGUAGCAUUAGGAACGGACCGUGUCCUGCGCAUCAAGUUCACGCUUUCCUGCCUGUCGAUUACUUCAACCUACCAUGCGACCAUGGCGCUACGUCUGCAUUUUGCAACAGCCUAGAAGCCAGGAACACCAAUUUCCGGAUUGCAGAUAGCCCCACGCCCCCGAAUUCCGUCAACAAUGGCCGCCGACAUAGCCUCGACUCUCCGGCCACUCCACCCCCGAGCUAUCAGGCUAGUAGUAGGGUUCAUCACGUCCGCACCCGUUCCCAAGCCCACCAGUUGUCUAGUGAGCACACUGCUUGGGAUCUCGAGAUCGCCCGACGAUAUCACACCUGGCCGAGUGUGCGCCGAUUUACCCCGCUAGGAUUGCAACAGGCCUCGAAACGAAGGAAGAGCAUGCCCAGCCGGGGGUGGGCUGUUUGGCUUCUCAUCUUGGUUUUUCUAUGUGGCCUUGGGGGGUUCUUUGUAUGGAUUUCGAAGCUUCCGGAGAGUCAUUCACAUACGUGAGAGCUGCGAGGACCUGGUAGGCGGUGAGCAGGGUGC